AAAGAGUAUCGCGAAUCAAACAAAAGCCCAAGUAAAUAAACAAAUCAAGUAAACACAAAUACACACGCGCAGAUUGCGUCACGAGUUUGUAGUAAUAGUAAAUGUAGCUUGCGUAGCUUUGAUUCUUGCUAGAAUUCUAAACAAAAAAGAAAAAGAAAAUAUGGAUGGCAUGAGAGUGUGUAUGCGUGUAAAUUUUGGGGUUGUUUUGAUUGAGAGAGUUGCGACGCAGUAGAAGAGAAAGUGGAAGGGGAGUGGAAAAGUACUGCGCUGUUUUUGUUUUGAUAGAGGUAUUCGUAAUCUGACGCUAUGAAAAAAAGAGAUUUCAGAAUGGAAAAUUUAGAUUUUCAUUUGAUUAAACUUGAAAAACUAACGACGCAAGACGGGUUAUUUUUUAAGACAUACUUGUACCAAAAAUAAAACUUUUGUCAAAUCGCUUCGUAAAAUUUGUUGUUAGCAAGAGGGUUUUAAAUCCAAAUACGGCACCUAUGACUACACUGAAAAUUAAAAUUAUUUCUAUCUUCUUUCAUACCAACUAAAUUGCUUUUAGAAAUUAAUUACAUAACUUGACACAGGACAACAUGGAAAGCAUUGACUUCCGACGGAAAUAACUAGCAAUUUCCCAAGAUCAUCACGACCUGCAACAACUCCCAACCAUGUAAGCACCAAUCUGUCAUCUUACCGCGACUGGUAUAAAUAGUCCAUCGCUCAGGCUCAUCGCACACUGUGAACAGUCAAGCAGCGAAAUCGUGUUUAUCAUGCUGCUGUUCCCGUUGGUCGUCGUCUGGCUCUUCCGGCCUACUCCGACCGGCUCGGUCAGCAUCCAGAUCGAGCUAGAACGGCUGGAGCAAAUCGGUGGCAGCCACCUGGUGGACUCUUCCGGAACGCGCGUCCGGAAGUACAACCGGACCGUAUCCGUGCUGGAUGGGACGUUCUCCAUCCUGAAGGAUUUGGACGAUUCGUUUGAAUUUAGCGUAACCGUCGCCCGUAGCGCCCUCGGCAACAAUCAGUUCAACGAGUACCCGAUGAAGGUUCCCCGUAAGAAGGGUUGCCAGAUCUUCCAGGAAGAGUACGCAGAGUACCAGCACGUUUGGGCAAAUUAUACCAAUCUACCGCUGGUUGUAAAGGGUGAGCGGGCAUUUUGUCCACUUCCAAAGGGGGAAUAUUGGGUGAAGAACUUUGCACCGGAUGCGUCCUGGGUGCCACCGGUGGUUCCGGAAGGGUACUGGCGGAUGACGUUGGAGAUCUACACCUCAAGUGGAGAGCUUGAAGGACAGUUGCGGGGCUUCUUCCGAGUUAAGAAGAGUUUAACGUAAGCUUGAAGGUUAGGUGGAACUAAAAUAAACUUAAAAUCUAGGUGUUAA